CAAAAACAUCACCAAUCCAGUCCUGCACUUCGCUAUCCUGUAAACAUCACCUUCUUCUCACCCACCACUAGCUCCUCUGACGAGUGAGGAGCAGAGUAAUGGAUCCAGGACCGUGGAUGAGUAGUCCGGCUGCACUCUCAGUACUGUCAUGGAUCUGCGGCGGCCUCGUGGCCGCCGUGCUCCUCUGGCAAGCCGCCCGGCUGCUCGACCAGCUGUGGUGGCGGCCGAGGCGGCUGGAGCGGGCGCUCCGCGCGCAGGGCCUCCCCGGCACGCGGUACCGCUUCCUCCUCGGCGACGUCAACGACUACGCCCGGCAGACCAAGGCGGCGUCGUCGGGGCCGCCGAUGCCGCCGCGCUGCCACAACGUCGGCCCCCGCGCCAUGCCGUUCCUCUACAGCACCAUCCAGGAGCACGGCACGCCGUGCAUCUCCUGGUUCGGUCCCGUCCCCAAGGUGAGCAUCACCGACCCUGCCCUGGUCCGGGAGGUGAUGUCCAGCAAGCUCGCCCGCGACGUCGAGAAGUUCAAGUUCCCGGCGCUCACCAGGCUGCUCGCCGACGGGGUGGGGAACUACGAGGGCGACAGGUGGGCCAAGCACCGGAGGAUCCUCAACCCCGCCUUCCAUGCCGAGAAGCUCAAGCUCAUGUUGCCGGCGUUCACUGCGUGCUGUGAGGAGCUCGUUGGCCGGUGGGAACGGUCCCUUGGGCCUGACGGCUCCUGGGAGGUGGAUGUCUGCCCGGAGCUCCAGAGCCUGACCGGAGAUGUCAUCUCGCAGACGGCGUUCGGCAGCAGUUACCUGGAAGGGAGAAGGAUUUUUCAGCUGCAGACUGAGCAAAUUGGGCGAUUCAUGGCAGCGAUCAGCAAGAUUAUGAUUCCCGGUUACAUGUCCUUUCCUACCAAAAAUAACCGAAGGAUGCAUCAAAUUAACAACGAGAUUGAGUCCAUCUUGCGGGGCAUAAUUGCAAAAAGGAUGCAAGCUAUUCAGGAAGGAGAAAGCACAAAAGAUGACUUACUCGGCUUAUUACUAGAGUCUAACAUGACAGACACAGAUGAAAAUGGCCAAUCCACCCUAGGAAUGUCAUCAGAUGAAGUCAUGGAGGAGUGCAAGUUGUUCUAUUUUGCAGGAAUGGAGACAACAUUAAUAUUGCUUACAUGGACAAUGAUUGUACUUAGCAUGCACCCGGAGUGGCAGGACCGUGCAAGGGAGGAGGUUCUUGGCCUAUUUGGAAAACACAAACUCGAGUAUGAGGGUGUUAAUCGGCUCAAAAUUGUGACAAUGAUUCUAUAUGAAGUUCUUCGGUUGUACCCACCGGCUACUGUAUUCACCCGGAAAACAUAUAAGAAGAUUGAGAUUGGGGGCAUCACGUACCCAGCCGGUGUGAUGUUUGAGAUGCCAGUGUUGUACAUCCACCACGACACGGACAUUUGGGGAGAAGAUGUGCACCAAUUCAACCCGGAUAGGUUUGCCGAGGGGAUCUCCAAGGCGUCCAAGGACCCGGGCGCAUUUUUCCCAUUCGGUUGGGGGCCACGGAUCUGUAUCGGCCAGAACUUCGCGUUGCUUGAGGCCAAGAUGGCAUUGUGCAUGAUCCUUCAACGCUUUGAGUUUGAGCUCACACCGUCAUACACCCAUACGCCGCAUAGCGUGAUGAUGUUGCGUCCCAUGCAUGGUGCUCCGAUUAGGCUUCACACUAUCUCUUCAUAAUCUCAUGCUCAGACUAGGCUUCACAUUAUCUCUUUGUAGUAUCAUACGCAUGGCAUUCGCCUCCUAUGUGAUAUGUAUGUAGUCUUAUCCGCGGCAGGUUUUAGUCACCAUCUGUGUUUUUUACUAAUAAAAGUCCAACAAUUUUGGACUCAUGAGAACUCAA